AUGGGAAGCACAACUGGCGUUGGUGCAGGGGAUGAUGAGGCACGGAUGUCUAGUGGGGUGGCGUGGUCAGUUGAGGAAGAAGAUAGGGCUCAGAGGGGGAAUGGGGAAGGGAGGGCCGACACGGGAGGAGGUUCGGAUGAUAUCGAGGCUGGCGUUGCUGGUGUUGGGAAUGAGGUGGAGAGGAUGAAGAGUGACGUGGAGAGGUUGAGAAAUGAGGUGGCAGGAAGGGCGAGAGUGGAAGAGGAGAGGGUGAAAGACAUCAGUAGCCUGAGAAGGGAGGUCGAGGGUCUGAAGUGUUGCUUCAGUGAUGUAAGGAAAUGCGUGGAAGAGCUGAGGGGUGAGAUGAGGGCAGUUGUGGAGCAGAGGGAGGUGGUGGUGCUGGGAAGGUUGGAUGAGUGGAAGCAUGAGGUGGAUGACCUGAAGCAUCAGAUGGGAAAUUUGAGGCAUCAAGGGGAAGAGGGGAGGCGUGAGGUGGAAGAGGGAAGGGUGGAAGAGGGAAGGGUGGAGGAGGCAGGGAGGAUGAGGGAGUUGAGGGAGGAGGUGGAUAGAGAGAAGGCAGAGGUUGCAUGGAGGUUGAGUGAGUUGCAGCAACGCCUGGAUGAGAGGAGGACGGAGGCAAGCACCUGUCCAGCCAGUGCAAUGGAUGAUAAGGAGAGGGCAUUUCGCAGUGUUGGGCUGUGA